AUGGCCGUUGACGAUAGUCCGGCGAAGACCUGGAAAGUAACUCUUAACGUCCACCAUGACCUAUCAUGUAAUGAGGACGGUUCCUGGGAUAGCGGCCUGACCUACGAGUGCCGAACGCUGCUCUUCAAAGCCAUCCAUAACCUGCUGGAGCGCUGCCUCAUGAACCGAUCCUUCGUUCGUAUCGGCAAGUGGUUCGUCAAACCCUACGAGAAGGAUGAGAAGCCUAUCAACAAAAGUGAGCACCUGUCCUGCUCCUUCACGUUCUUCGUACAUGGAGACAGUAACGUGUGCACCAGCGUGGAGAUUAACCAGCACCAGCCUGUCUAUCUGUUGAGUGAGGAGCACUUGACUUUGGCCCAGCAGGGCAGCAGCUCGGUUCAAGUACUCCUGGUCAAGGUUCAGUCACUAACUGUAGCUCUCCGGGCACUAAGCCUGCAAACACGCUGUGAAGACCUCAGCUGUCAACACACCAUUCCCAGAGACCUCCAGGAAGUGUGCUACUUUCUCUCAGGCUUUAACGCUAGACCCUCGAGUAAUCCUCCUUUUGUUCCUUCUCCUUUGCAGUGA